CUCCGGUUCCUCAUUUCUCUUGCUUUUUAAACUCUUUUUUUUGCCCACGUGAAAAAGCAAUAAUAUUUUACAUAAAAUUUUUCAGUUUAUUAAAUAUAUUUUAAAAUGUAAAAAAGUAUUUCUAAAAUACGUUAAUUUUGUGUUUAGUUAUGUGUUUGGUUGGACAUGGAGAGUGACAAUUUUUUGUAUAAUAGGACCAGUGUGAAGUGUGUUAUCAAUAUUUACAGCUGCUCUGCUACUAAAUAAAAUGAAAAGAAAAUUGUGGGAUCGUCUUGAGUAAUCAUGUAGAAGGAAGAAUUGAAAUGGAAACUUUUGGAAACUCGAUUAAUCAAUACCAUGUUUAUGAGGAAUUGGGUCGAGGGGGAUUUGCAGUUGUCUAUAGGGCAAUAUGCAGAAAAUCCGGUGUUGAAGUUGCCAUUAAGAUGAUUGACCGAGUACGAAUCAAGGCAGCCAAAAUGGCUAACCGUGUAAAUCAAGAGGUUACGAUUCACUCUCGACUUAAACACCCGUCAAUUCUUCAACUGUACACCUUUUUUGAAGACGAAUCUUAUGUCUACCUCGUUCUUGAAUUUUGUUGUAAUGGAGAGCUUCAAAGAUAUCUCAGGAAUCACAGUCGGAUUAUGUCAGAGCUGGAAGCUUAUACAAUUAUGAAGCAAAUUGUCGAAGGAUUGCUUUACCUCCACUCGCAUCGAAUUAUACACCGAGAUAUUACGCUUGCCAAUAUUUUACUUACCAAGGAUAUGAAUAUUAAAAUAGCAGAUUUCGGAUUAGCUAUCCAAUUACAACGAGCCGAUCAAAAGCAAAUGACGAUAUGUGGGACUCCAAACUAUAUCUCGCCAGAAGUUGCCACCCGUGGACCUCACGGUCUCGAGACAGAUGUUUGGGGACUUGGAAUAUUGUUGUACACCUGUCUGGUUGGGAAACCUCCCUUUGAAACUGAAGAUGGACUCAAAUCUACCCUGACGAGGGUGGUCAUGUCCGACAUCAAGUUUCCAGCAUAUGUUUCUCUCGAAGCGAAAGAUUUGAUAAAAGCCCUGCUGCAAAAAAAUCCGAAUGAUCGGAUUGAUCUCAAAAGUAUUUUAGAUCACGCGUUCAUCCUGAAGUUUCAGACUAGCAAUUCCGUCAACGGGCCAUCAAAACGAUGCAUGUCAUACGACAGUGGACUGGCUACUGCGUCAUACAUGACGCCAACUAAUAUUAAUACAAGAGAGUUCUUAUGCGCAACUGAGGGCAACUUUGCCUCUCACAUUGGAUCCGACGGUUGUUCCAGAAGUGGGCAUCUCAGCGGCCAUCUCUGUCCAAACCAAGAAAUGUACUCGCACCAGUCGCACCCACUACCUGUGAAUCAUCAGCUUGGAGGAGGAGUGGAGUUCUGCGAAGGAUCUCAUGCACCUUUAAUGCCAAACAGAUUUUUACCUACACAAACGUCUUACUCUUCCCGAAGUGCUCCAAUUCAACCAGCUCAACACUGUCAACUCCAACAUUCUGGAAUAUGUCCAGGAAAUAAUUGCAGUAAUGCUUGGCGACAAACAAAACAAACAUGUUCUCAUAGCGAGAUCUGUGAAUGCCAAACAACUGCAAAAACUAGUUGCUGUUCCACAACACCAAAGUAUGAGGACAAUCGUAGAAGUAGGACUGAAGAUGUUGCUUGUGCUCCUCCUCCUUCAGAGAAAAGCGGAUCGUCAAAAGUUGAAAAAAAGAGAAGUGGUCUUUGUGGUAAUACUCUCGAUGCCAAUGCUAACAAAAUUCCAGUAGCUCCUGUAAGUGCGAUACGCCUGCGGCCUGUUCGACAAAAAGCAAAAAAUGUGGUUUGUAGCAUUCUCAAAACGAGUGACGUCUGUCUUGAGUUUACAAGACAAAUUAAUGGUCAAGAACGAGUUUGGGAAGUAAUGCAGAUUUCUUCUGAUGGGAUGCGGAUAAUUAUAUACCGCCCAAAGAAAGGACGAGGUGUAAAUGUCUCGGACAGCCCACCCCCAUUACCUACCGCCGGAGCUGAUACAAUGUAUAGUUAUACCAAUAUACCUGAAAAACACUGGAAAAAAUAUUCCUAUGCUCAUAAAUUUGUGGAACUUGUAAAAAAGCGAACCCCAAAAAUAACAUAUUAUAGUCCACUUUCCAAAUGCUAUCUCAUGGAGAAUGAUCCCAUUAAUGACUUCCAAGCUUGUUUUUAUCAAGGUGGCAAAAUUUGCAAGUCAGAGUCCAGCUGCACCAUAUCGCUAACGGGAAAAUCCUGGACUUUUGACAUAUUUGAUAUUCCUACAUUUCCUAACGAUGUUCAAUAUAUGUGGGACCACUUUAAAAAAUGCUUAGAACGUUGUGAAGCCCUUCACGAAGCAAUGACUAAAUUAGAAGGCUCAGACGAAGUAUUUCCUAUCAUAUUUGGGGCAAGGCCGCAAAAUUCUAUAAGCUCUCCGCUUCAGAACAACAAUCGCAACCAAGAAAAUUUAUCUCCUCAGAGUGUGGUAAACAUUCCUUCAAUGCAAGGAUAUGAAACGUCCAUAGCGAACACAAAGUGGGGUUCCAUGAAAAGAGUGAGAUAGCCAAGCUGAAACUCAACAAAUUCUCAAACGCUUGAAACUACAGAGUAAUAGAUUUUUUGUACAUUUAGAUUCAUAUAUAUUUAAUAUUUGCACGUUAUUUUUAUAAUCAUACAAUAGCGCACAUUUCAAUCUUUUUACUGCUUGACAAUAAAUUUUGUAAUAUGCAAAUACCAUAAAUCACGUAAAAUAUAUAUUUUAGCACUGAUGAUUGUAGCACAAUUUAACGACACUUGUGAGAUUUUAUAGAGUUGUUGAGAUUAUAUAAACUUUUCCUUUACCGAAAAAAAUGUGAAUGAAUGUACCACUAGAAAAAAAUUAUCAAGCAACUUCAUGGUUAUAAAUCCAGUAAUAAAUACUUAUAACAGACAGCACUUAUCAA